GUGAGUGUGCUGUGCUGCUCCUCCCGCCGGGGCUGCCCGCAGCCUGCUGGCCUGCGCGGGGCCUGCCCGCCGAGCCCCAUGCUCCCUGCCCGCACAGCCCCCCGCUGAGGCAUGCCUGGGAAAGCAAAGCCCCUGGGCGUUCAAAGCGGCCACAUGGGCCUGGCUGUGUCAGAUGGAGAGUUAAACAGCUCCAGGGCCCGGGGCAGUAGCCACAGUGUGCACAGCCUGCCUGGUGCCCAGAACGCAGGCUACACUGCGCAGCUGCCCGUGGCCAGCUGGGCCGAGUCCUUCGAGACACUGCUGCAGGACCGGGUGGCCGUCACCUACUUCACUGAGUUCCUGAAGAAGGAGUUCAGCGCUGAGAAUGUUUACUUCUGGCAGGCGUGUGAGCGAUUCCAGCAGAUCCCAGCCAGGAACACACAGCAGCUGGCCCAGGAGGCCCGGCAGAUCUAUGACGAGUUCCUGUCCAGCCACGCGGUCAGCCCCGUUAACAUCGACCGGCAGGCCUGGAUCGGGGAGGAAAGGCUGGCCAGGCCCACCCCCGACAUGUUCCGAGUCCAACAGCUCCAGAUCUUUAACCUGAUGAAGUUUGACAGCUACGCGCGCUUCGUGAAGUCCCCGCUGUUCCAGGCGUGUGUGAGGGCUGAGAAUGAGGGGCAGCCGCUCCCUGACCUGCGGGCUCACUCCCGGAACAGCAGCCCCCCACCCGACCUCGGCAAGAAGGCGAAGCUGAAGCUGGGGAAGUCCCUGCCACUGGGGGUGGAGGUGGCCAGCAGUAGUGCUGGCAGGAGCCCCCAGAUGUCCUUCAGGAGAGAGGAGCGGAGAGAGCCCUUGUGGACAGAGGUGGAAGAUGGCAAUGGGGGCUCGUCCCUGUGGCGUGAGUCCCAGGGCUCCUUGAAUUCCUCUGCGAGCCUGGACCUGGGCUUCCUCUCGUCGUCCUGCAACAGCAGCAGCAUGGCAGGCAGCUCCCGGGCAGAGAGCCGCAGGAAGAGCCUGGGAGGCACGGAGCCCGACCCGCAGGCCAGGCCCAGCAAGUACUGCUGUGUGUACCUGCCGGACGGCACGGCCUCGCUGGCCUCGGUGCGGGCUGGCAUCUCCAUCCGCAACAUGCUGGCAGGCCUCUGUGAGAAGCGCGGCUUCAGCCUCCCUGACAUCAAGGUCUACCUGGUUGGCAAUGAACAGAAGGCGCUGGUGCUGGACCAGGACAGCAUGGUUCUGAUGGACCAGGAGGUGAAGCUAGAGAACAGAGUCAGCUUUGAGUUGGAAAUUUCCCCCCUCAGUAAAACAGUGCGAAUCACCGCAAAGUCGACCAAGUGCCUGCGGGAGGCGCUGCAGCCUGUGCUGGGGAAGUAUGGCGUGGAUGUGGAACGGGCACUGCUGCGGCGGCAUGGGGAGCCAGGAGCCCUGGACCUGGAGAAGCUGGUCAGCACCGUGGCUGCGCAGAAGCUCAUCCUGGAAGCUGCGACAGAAGUGAAAGCGACAGGUGCUGGUGACACUGUUGUGACCACUUCCCCCCUUCGGUGCAAGGAGGCCGCCCCCACAGGCACAGAGGUGGAAGCAGACAUGCUGUCAGAGGUGCCCCCCUCCAUCACCAGGUCCAGGCCAGCAGCCCUGAGAGGCAUGAACCGGUGCACGUAUGACCUGGAAGGGCUGGUGGAGCUGCUGAACCGGGCCCAGAGCUGCAGGGCCAACGACCAGCGUGGGCUGCUCUCUAAAGAGGUCCUGGUCCUGCCCGACUUCCUGCAGCUGCCAGGGCAGGAUGCUGGCCCCAGCGAGAGCUCUGAGCGGCAGCAUGGCCCCUGUGAUACCAGCCUCACCCCAAAGGGGGCUGGUGCCCCUUGCCCCCGGGAUCCCGCACUGGCGCAGCCACCUGUCCACUCUGAACUGCACUGAGGCCCACGCUGCACUUUCUUCAGAGCCAGCCUUGAGGAUGUCUGGCCUUGAGUUGGGGUCAGCCCCAGUGCCCUGGCCAAAUCCUGCCUCCUUAAACUGCCCUGGCGGUUUCAGGAAACUACAGUAUUCUCCACUUCCUGUCCUAAACUGUUGUGUAGUGUUGCUGUGAGUUGUUAAACAGCUGCCUCAUUCCACCCUAGAGGUGGCUGCAUCUCAGUGGCAAGUGAAGUGAGCCUGUAUAUAGUUUGUAUGUCAGUUAUUUGUAAAGCACUUUGGGAUGUAAAAUAUGCCUGAUUAACAAC